AUGUCAAAGCCAAGUGCUGCUGUCAGAGCGAGAGAGACCAGAGAGACGGGAGAGAGACGAGAGAGAGACGAGAGGGAGAUACGAAAGACGAAGGAGAGACGAGAGAGACAAAAGAGAGACGAGAAGGACGAGAGAGAGAUCAGUCUCUCUCUCGUCUCUCCCUCCCUCUCUCCCCCUCCCUCUCUCCCCCUCCCUCUCCCCUCCCCUCCCCUCCCUCUCUCCCCCUCCCUCUCUCCCCCUCCCUCUCCCCUCCCUCUCCCCUCUCCCUCCCUCUCCCCCCCUCUCCCCCCCCUCUCUCUCUCCCCUCCCCCUCCCUCUCCUCUCCCCUCCCCUCCCUCUCUCCCCCCCUCUCCCCCCCCCUCCCCCCCCUCUCUCUCCCCUCCCCCUCCCUCUCCUCUCCCCUCCCCUCCCUCUCUCCCCCCCUCCCCCCCCCCUCUCUCUCCCCUCCCCCUCCCUCUCCUCUCCCCUCCCCCUCCCUCUCCUCUCCCCUCCCCUCCCUCUCUCUCCCCCCCUCUCCCCCCCCUCUCUCUCCCCUCCCCCUCCCUCUCCUCUCCCCUCCCUCUCCCCCUCCCUCUCUCCCCCCCCCUCUCCCCUCCCCUCCCCUCCCUCUCCCCUCUCCCUCCCUCCCUCUCCCCCCCUCUCCCCCCCCUCUCUCUCCCCUCCCCCUCCCUCUCCUCUCCCCUCCCCUCCCCUCCCUCUCUCCCCUCCCCCUCCCUCUCCUCUCCCCUCCCCUCCCUCUCCCCCUCCCUCUCUCCCCCUCCCUCUCCCCUCCCCUCCCCUCCCUCUCCCCUCUCCCUCCCCUCUCCCCCCCUCCCUCUCCCCCCCUCUCCCCCCCCUCUCUCUCCCCUCCCCCCCUCCCUCUCCUCUCCUCUCCCCUCCCCUCCCUCUCUCCCCCCCCCUCCCUCCCCCCCUCUCUCUCCUCUCUGA